AUGCUACCAACACGCGCCAAGCUCGCCGCAAGGCGAUUCGCCGCGCCUGUCCGCGAUAUUCCGAUUACACGACCAUUUGCUGCGCGGCCGCUUGCUGCACUCUCCCGGCCAUUGAACGCUCAACCACGGGUCACUGCCAAUGCCGUCCGACCUGCGGCUGCUGUCCGGCAUUAUGCCAAUGGACGACCGCAUCCCCCAGGCGGCACCCACCGCAUGGACAUGGGUGGCGGCGAGGAGGAGAAGCCUGCACUCGAGCAAUAUGGCGUCGACCUCACCGCCAAGGCCAAGAACGGCAAGCUGGAUCCCGUCAUUGGCAGAGACUCCGAAAUCCACCGCACCAUCCAAAUUCUGUCGCGGAGAACAAAGAACAAUCCGGUUCUUAUCGGCUCCGCAGGUACCGGGAAAACGGCGAUUCUGGACGGACUGGCACAGCGCAUCGUGAGGGGGGACGUUCCGGAAUCAAUCAAGAACAAACGCGUCGUCUCACUCGAUCUCGGCUCGCUCAUUGCCGGAGCAAAAUUCAGAGGCGACUUUGAAGAACGGCUGAAGAAGGUGCUGAAGGAGGUCGAGGACGCCGAGGGCAGCGUCAUUCUUUUCAUCGACGAGCUCCACACACUGCUGGGCCUCGGGAAGGCCGAGGGCAGCAUUGACGCGAGCAACUUGCUCAAGCCUGCCUUGUCACGGGGCGAGCUGCAAUGCUGUGGAGCCACUACCCUGAACGAGUACCGCCAGAUCGAGAAAGAUGUUGCCCUCGCUCGACGUUUCCAGCCCAUCCUCGUUGGAGAGCCCACCGUUCCAGACACCAUCUCGAUUCUACGCGGCAUCAAGGAGAAAUACGAAGUCCACCACGGUGUCCGAAUCACCGACGGAGCCCUUGUGGCAGCCGCUACCUACAGCAACCGCUACAUCACCGACCGUUUCCUCCCAGACAAGGCCAUCGAUCUUGUAGAUGAAGCAGCCAGUGCUUUGCGACUCCAGCAGGAGAGCAAGCCUGACGCCAUACAAGAGCUGGACAGGCAAAUCAUGACCAUCCAGAUCGAGCUGGAGUCACUGAGGAAAGAGGAUGACAUCGCAAGCAAGGAAAGACGGGAGAAACUGCAGGAGCAGCUCAAGAACAAGCAAGAAGAACAGUCCAAGCUAAACGCAAAGUGGGAGGCUGAGCGCCGCGAGAUUGAGGAUAUCAAGAACGUCAAAGAAAACCUCGAGAGGGCUCGGAUGGAGCUCGAGCAAAGCCAGCGAGAGGGCAACUUUGCAAAAGCCAGUGAACUCCGCUAUGCGACCAUUCCGUCGCUGGAACAAAAACUUCCCAAGGACGGCACAGAGAAGGGCAAGGCUCCGGACAGUCUUCUGCACGACUCCGUCACUCCGGAUGACAUUGCCAACGUUGUCAGCAGGACCACCGGUAUCCCCGUCACGAAGCUGAUGUCGGGCGAGAUCGAGAAGCUCAUCCACAUGGAGGAUAUCCUCCGCCAGUCUGUGAAGGGCCAGGAUGAGGCUCUAACGGCAGUCGCCAACGCUGUGCGCAUGCAGCGCGCUGGACUCAGUGGCGAAAACCGCCCGCUUGCCAGCUUCAUGUUCCUUGGACCUACCGGUGUGGGUAAGACGGAAUUGUGCAAGAAGAUGGCCGGAUUCCUGUUCUCCACCGAGACGGCCGUGCUCCGCUUCGACAUGAGCGAGUUCCAGGAAAAGCACACGGUGAGCAGACUCAUCGGGAGUCCUGCUGGCUACGUCGGAUACGAGGAUGCCGGACAGCUCACCGAGGCGGUUAGGCGAAAGCCGUACGCGGUUCUUCUCUUUGACGAGUUCGAGAAGGCGCACCGCGACAUCUCCGCCCUUCUCCUGCAGGUGCUUGACGAGGGCUUCCUGACGGACGCCCAAGGCCACAAGAUCGACUUCCGCAACACCAUCAUCGUGCUCACAUCGAACCUCGGCGCGCAGGCGAUUGUUGGCGACGACGUGCUCCACAGGCACCAAGUCGACGCAGAGACGGGAGAGAUCUCGGCGGCAGUGAAGAAGUCAGUCAUGGACACGGUAGCGGCAAACUACCCGCCCGAGUUCCUCAACCGCAUCGACGAGUUCAUCAUCUUCAGACGGCUGUCGAAGGAGGCGCUGAAGGACAUUGUCGAGAUCCGGCUGAAGGAGCUCCAGCACAGACUGGACGACCGACGGAUCACGCUGAAGGUUCCGGAGGAGGUCAAGCAAUGGCUCAGCGACAGGGGCUAUGAUCCAAAGUUUGGCGCCAGGCCGCUGAACCGACUAAUCUCCAAAGAAAUCGGCAACAAGCUCGCGGACAGGAUCAUCCGAGGCGAGCUGAGAAACAACUCGACGGCGGUGGUGGGAAUUGGGGAGGGCGAGACCGGUCUUCAGGUGUCAUCGGAGGCAUCGUGA